GCACGAUGCGCAAGUAGCCCUCCUCGGUGAGUGUGGCUUAACUGGCGCCCGGACGUAUCGCGUGUGACUUUGCAAGCACUUUGACUCAUCACCUGGAGACGCGUGACCGCAGGCAGAUCAGUGCAGCAGCAGAAAAAAAAACUAAUCGCAACAACGGCGGACGGGUCGACUUGAUGUGCACCAAUUUGAUAGACGCGGAUCGCGAUUAGGCUUAGCCACUUUCGAAAGUGGCUCACAUUUGCAAUUGAAGUGAGCGUCCAAUUGAAUUAUGGAUUCAGAAGUUGAUGGCAUGUAAUAGAAGCAAUGAUCGCUCCGGAUGAAUCGAGGGAAAGAAAAAAAAAUGUGAAUAAAAGUGUAGACAAGUAGCAUCUGGUUCAGCCUCGAGCAGAUCCAUCCGGCAACGCUACGUUUGAUUACAAAUUGCCACUCUCCGUGUACCUUCCAAAUGGCAAUUACAUGCGUUCUUGAAUGAAUAGAGAAAGGUGGAAAAAAUAGAGGUAUUGUAAGGAAAGGUCUGGCGCGAGAAGAAAUGGCCAACGGUGUGAGUGUGUGCUGCUGGUCUGUUCACGGAGAUAGCAUCGGCAUUUAUGAGCUUCCUGGCCUGGGAAGAUAAUUAAGGGUACUGCAGAGUGCAAGAAGUUCUCAAUUUAAUUAGUGUUCAUCAGCAGUGGUAUAGUGCGCAGAGCAUAGAGAUUCUUGGUGUUAAUCCAAUCAAGUCCAAACGCUGCUGUCCAGGGCAGGGAGGUGGAAUUCUUGGCCGCUUGAUAACCGAGUGACGCAGCAGUACCUACACACUGUGGGAGGAGAGUGCCAGACAACGAGCAGCAAAGUUCGUCCUCCCGCUUUUCCAUAAAAGGUUUUUGGAACUGUGACGUGACACACUCGGAUACAUUAUAACAUAAAACUAAAGAUCACUCACUCCCCUUGGAUGCCCUGUAUCAUCUGCACAAUCUCAACCACCCCUAGCCCCUUGAGAAGGGCGCCGACUUCCUAUGGGCAAGUGUGCCUCCAAAGAGCCGGUUACUGGACUGAAUGAAUUUGGAAGCUCCCCGUAUCUGGCCAUCUGCAACGAAGAUGACAUCAUCUACAUCAAUGUGGGCCAAUCGGAAAGUAAGAAAUCAUCCAAAAAGGCGGUGGCCGGCCUUGAAACCAAGGGCACGGCUAUGUCUUUCGGAUUCAAGAAGUACAAAGUACAUCAGACGAGCGGGGCCAACAGCAAGCUGCCAGGCCCAACCAACGGCAUCGAUGGCACCACAAACGGACCAGGUCCAGGAACCGGCACCUUCAAGAAAGUUGGUGUCAUCAACGGCAACAAUCUGUACGGUGGUGGUUCGGAGAAGGAAAGAGCGGCGGAAAGAGACAAUGCUACCGUGAUCUCGAAUCCCGGAGUCGAUGGCAUUUUUAGUGAUAAGAAUGGCAAUAUGGGUUCAACAGAACUAAUCAACGACGACAACGGCAAAACGAAUGGCAGAUCGACACCACGUCUUCAGCCGCCGAAAAAGGACACAUACGGUGCUCCGUAUCGCAACAAUCGGUUUGGCUUCCGCACAUCGAACGUGGUUCGACCGGCUUCGGUCGGCCUCCAGCCGAAAACUAUUGCCGACUACGACAAACAACAUUCCACCAAUAAUAAUAACAACAACAACAACAACCAAACCAAUAACAAUAAUAACGUGUACAUAACCGACAAACGCCGCUCGAAGAGUGCUUCCUCGGCGGCAACGGCACGCACAACAUUUACACCUUUGCAGCAAGCGCCGUCCCAGAUUCAGCAGGAACGUUCGUCGGCCUUGCCACAUCCCGGCAUCGGCGCACUUCAUAAACCACUGCCGAAAUAUCAAUCGGCCAGCAGUGCGACCAAAAUAACUUUAUUGGACUCAUCUUCGACGACGGUUGCGAGCGGCACACAACAAAUGAUGACGAAACGCGAUCAAGUGGAGCAUAAAAAUACUUCUGAAAAUGCACCGGCGGCUGCGGCGCUCAACGGAAGUACCGACGAGCACCGUCCGCAGUCAAAUGUAAAUAAUAUCAACGGCCGACAGCACGUCUCGAUCGCCGACUCCGCACAGCACCACGCCGCUGCUAAUUCAAUAACAAAACUAGCACCAAAGACAGCACAUGCUAACGGAUCGGAAACAGCCUCGGUGGCUAAAUUCACACUCCACAGCUCGAGCCUUCCUAAACCACAAUAUCCGGUACCGAUCAGUCUUUCCGCAGCCAACCCUCGCUAUGAUAUGGAUCCGAAGGGUGCCAAGCAAGCCGUCAACAUAAGUCGCAAAGGAACUCUCCAGGGUCAGCAAAUGUAUCAACUGGAACGAUCAAUCGAUCAGUUACCUGAUCACAGCUAUGAACACAAUCCUAAUGUGGACACAGCAUCCAACAUCCGUAUGCCUCGCCAACGCUACCGCAACCUGGAAAUGGUCAUGAGUGGACGUCAUAAGUUUGAAGUUCGAGAUCUGGAAACCCUGACCGCUGAACCAAUUGUUUCGCUGGCCCUACCAAAACUUCCCGAUUCUUUCAAUUCCAGCGGUCAACAGCAACCAAUUGGGAUGAGUGGUUUGGUUCGCUCGUCCGAACUUCCUCGGCAGCUAAGUGACGACAUCGACAUAAACGAUAACCGGUAUGAGUCGGAACAGUCACCGGUGCAACGGAAGGAUUCAAUCGCAUCAUCCGAUUUGGAAAGUCUAGAAGAGGAAAAACUCACAAGAGACAACAAUUCUUCGGAAAAGAGCUUGAAGGGUGCGAUCAUUAAGGACCUAAUUGAGUCUCACUGUAGCAAGACUUCCUCUCCUGGCAGCUCGAGGGCUUCUUGGUGUAACGCCGGCGAAACAAUGGCCGCAAAAGAUUGCAGCAGUUUCAGCUUGAGUAGUGAGGAAAGCAAUGCUAAUCCUCAGAUGCGCGAUAAAAAGCGACCGAUCGAGGAGGAAGAUGUCAGCACGGUAACCAUCACCGCUGGGAACCCGUCCUGCAUGUCUUCAAUUUCGGCGGCUGUUCCAAUGGACAUAUCUACUAACCUGGACAGUGUAUCCGAAGUUCAGAACAGUUUCAACGAUAACACCUUAUCGGAUCAAUCGGAAAAUAAUCAAAUCUUUCGAACGGAGGAAACUAAAUUUGCCGAAAUCGCAGCCGCCGUCGAUGACAAUCUUCUGCUAGACGACGAAACAUCUCCAACGGACAGUUUGGUCAGCAGCUGCACUGAUUCGGACGAUGUUCGCAAACAUCGUAAGAAAGUGGCCGAAGUAAAGAUCGAUAAGGAUAAGGAGAGGGAUAUUGAUGAAAUAUCACCCGAACUAGAUGAGCUUACCAGUCCGGUGACACCGGGUACACCAACACAUGCUUCUAAUUCGCUGUCCCUCUCGGAUGGCGGACGAGACUUUCUUAUCGACGAUGAGAUUGCUGAUCAACCGGAGCUGGUCUUUGAUGAGCCGGCUCUCAACGAUAGCAGCAUGGUCGAUCUAGGCUCAAUUCACAUCAAUAUCACGGACGAAGCUGCGACCCUGAAGGAUUCUCUGUCAUCAUUGAACAACAAUAAGAACGCCUCAAAAAGUGCUGCACCGGUGCCAAAGCCAAGAAAGAUUAUGUCCGAUAUAUAUGAAUCACCGGCUUCGAUCAGAAAGAACCGGACGAGAUUAUCCCGUGCCGAAUCGCUCGAUACGCUCUCGCCUUGUGAUUCCAUCGCGUCAGACGAUUACAUGCUGGAUUUCAACAGUAGUAUGGAUUCUAUUGACAGACCACCACGUUCGAACGCCAGCGGAAGUGUUUCGGCACUGCACUCGAUGGAUGAGCUGCAGCUCUGGUCGGAGCUGGAAACCAAAGGCGGCACACUAAUGCACGAAUGGAGUAAGCUUCUGCGAUCGCAGCGUAACAGUAACAACAACACAAGCCGGGAGAGCAUAACAUCGCAAUUGCCCACCAGGGCUACCCGGCUGCUGACACGUCGCCUGCAGAACAAUGCAACCCCGACAAACUGCGGAAUCGGUGGUGGCUCCGAUAGUCCCCGGUCGAUGGACAGUUUGCCCCGACGAACGACCCUGUCUGCAGCGUACAAAACGGCCACCCUCAAUCAGUUCAACGGUAUGAACAACAACAACAACUUGGACUCGGCCUCGACGGCUACCAAUUCGGCGGAAGAUCUUACCUUGCUGGACAAGUCCCUGCGCAACUCGAUGCUGCACGAUGUAGUGCACUUCAAGAAGCAGCUGGUGCGGCUCCGUCGGAUUCUACAGGAGGAUGAAGAAAAUUUGAUGACGACCGAUACUCUCAACCCAUUUGAAAACAAUAAUGGGCAAUUCUUCACAACCACGCCGUCAGCCACAACGACGGGAGUCGCAUCGCUGCUGCUGGAGGAUGGAACACCGGCCGCCGGAACCAGUAUCGCCAGUGUGGACAGCAAGCAGCAGGAAAAUCUACUGAUCAAAGAGUCCGGCGUGGUGGCACUGGCUCUGCUCGAGGACCAGCGGCAGGAGCUGGCAGAUCUCAGAAGACAGGUGGUUUACCUUCAGGGUGAGAUGACUGCCAAAGACCGCACCAUCCGACAGCAGCAGAACCUGAUCGAGAAGUACGAAGCCGAACGGGAGAAGCUCCAGGCAGCCCUACCCAAUACUCCCGACGGUGCCACAGGAGAAACGUUAGCCGAUAAGACUAUUGAUACAAUCAGCACUGCGACACAGACUGAGAGGCUGAGGCCACUAUCAUUCGGCGGCCCGGAAGGCUUAGCCAGUCGAAGUGAACCGUCUACUCCAUCAAACGCGCCACCGUUGCGCAAUGGUCUCCGAUCUCCCGCGACCGCCAACAGCAGCCACCAUAGCCAUCACCAUCAAACUCACAAUCCCAACAGUGGCACGCCACCCUCGGCACUAAUCAACAGUAGCCGCACGUCGCUGAACCUCAAGCCAAAAACACAAAUCUCAUCCGUCUACACGCAGCUGUCGUCCAUCAAGCACUCGACCCACAACGGAAUCGCUUCCAACGCAGCUCUGACCACACUGAGCCAUAAACGAGCUUCCCUCGGUUCCAGUGGUAACCUUAGCAAUAUCCCAACCACCAACAGCAGUUCGCCCACGAAAACCGUUCGCACUACCCACAUCGGUAACGUGCUAACCUCUAGCAAACUCAAUCAAGCAGGCUCCAGUUUACCAUGUACUCCCCCAUCACCAACCGCAAAUGGUUCAAGAUUGCUCAAAAGUUCAGUUCGAACGCAGAUAAACGGAGGAAGUAUCGCAUCGCCCACCAAACUGGGAACUACUUCACCCAAGCGAACGUCCGCCAUCAAACCGCCAUCUUCUUUCGGGAGUAACACAUUCCCGGAAGCACCGCCUACUUCGCACAAAUCCAAAUCCGCACCCGUCACACCGAUGAUUGAACGUAUCUCGUCUCCGCAAGCAGGUGGUGUGCAAAUUGUUAUCGAAAAUGUCGAUAAUGUCUCCCGAUCAGUUCGCGUGAAAGAAAACGGCUGUCAUGGACAACAAAAUGGUUGCCCCUCGAUACUGACAGAUGAUGGUGAAAAUAACAAACGCAAUGGCCAACAUGAGGACCAUGAGAAUGAUGAUGAUGAUGAUAAUAAAGAGCAAAUAGCUGAGACGGAAAAAGACGCGAUAAACAAUAAGAUCAAUAGUCUUAAACUAGCUAACGGAUUGACUGGAUGUAAUGAUAGUAGUAGUAAGGAACGUAGUUUAGUUAUCUAGUUCACUAAGAGAAUGAUUAUUUAUAUAUUUAAAUAAAAACAAAAAAAAUACAAACUGGUAAAACUAUACAUAAAUGUGAUCCUAUAACCUAAAUUAUGUGCUUAACGAACAAGUAUUUACUCAAAGCGAACAUUCACUAAUAGAAUGAAAGCGACAUUUAUAGUACACCUUUGAAUAUAGGCUUGAGCAAAAAAAACUAUAUUCUCAAACAAAUCAAGCUGCUUUUUGGAACAACCAUACCAACACCAGUCCAUUUUAUCACAACAACAAAAAUACACAAGUGUUUGAUAGGCAAUCGCAGAAACAUGUUUUUGUCAAAAUUAGGGUGCUGCAAAGAUGCUAAAAUAGUAAACACAAACUUACGUUAUACGUUGUUUCCUCUCCUUCGAGAUAUGUGCAAUCAUAUUGACCUUUUAUUUUAUUUUUAAUCCUAUUGAAUUUAUGUUUUAAUCAGUGAAAUGAAGCUGAACAAUCGAGCGCCCUAGCGGUUGCAGAUAACGAAUAGCGAAUACUAUAUUAUUCUAAUUAUUAUAUAUUGAAUAAGUUAAAAAAAAUCUAAACUUCCUUAUGAUCGACAAGAGAAAAUAUGAGUAAAAAUACAACCUCCAGACAGCAUAAAAACAUUUAAAAGUAAACUCAAAAUAUACCAAUGAAAUCAGCAAAUAAUAUCUGUACCGAAUCGACUCUCAUUGAGCUAAAUAACAACUCGGAAGGCGCUUCCAGUCCUUUUGAACCAGUGAAACAAAAUUGUAAACUUUUAAUCAGCACUAACUCUGCAAAUCAGUCAUUUGGCCAUACAUUUGGAAUACGUUGAUUACUGUACAUUUAAUGGAAAAAUACAUUUCACAAAGGAA